AUGCAGGAGAUUCAGCAGCUCCUCACUCGGUCUUGGGAGGUUGGCAUUCGUCCCACUUAUCGUGAAGGCAAUAGUAAUUUUGGAGACCCAAAAUCAUGGCUUUCCGAAGACAACAACAGCAAUUCGUCGCCGACUCACCUCCCAACUCAGUCCCAGCUCGCUUCAUCAGCAAGUGGCAAUGUCGAUCGAGUCCUCUUCAACGAUCUUGUCGAAAUGGUUCCUCUCGUCCAGUCCCUCAUUGAUCGGAAAGUGAGCAGUUCAUUUACACGGCGAGGUUCGGUGAUUUACACCAAGACUCCUUCUAGAGAAUCUUUAUCCAAAAAGAUGAUUGAUCCUAGAGGGAGAAAUACUUCCCAAUCUAUUCCAACAAAAAAGAAAAAGGACCAUGGAGAUAAGGAUCAAGGAAAUACUGCUAAUAAUAAUCAAGAGGCCGAUGCCUUCUCAGUCGUUUCCUCGAGGGCUGUGCCUAUGGAGAAGGAUGCAGAAGAGUUGGUCGCUUUGAGGGAGCAAGUGAAAGAUCUGCAAAGGAAAUUGUUGGAGAAAGAUGAACUUUUGAAAUCAGCAGAAGUUUCAAAUAAUCAGAUGAAUGCUGUUUGUGCCAAAUUCGAUGAAAUGAAACUCCAAGUUGCAGAAAAGGAAUCAUUAAUUAAGUCCACCCAACUAAAACUCUCCAAUGCAAAGAUUAAGCUCGCAGACAAGCAAGCUGCACUCGAAAAAUUACAAUGGGAGGCCGUGACGUCCAAUCAGAAAGUGGAAACACUCCAGCAAGAACUAGUCUCCAUACAAGAAGGCAUUUCAUCAUUUAUGUUGGUAUUUGAAAACUUGAAAACGAAUAAUUCAACUACUUAUGCUGAAGAUUAUGAUAUCAAACCUUGUUAUUUGGACCAGCUUCCUGAUAUUGAUGAUUUGGAUGACAUGGAGAUGCAAAAAAUGGAAGAAGCAAGAGAAGCUUACAUUGCUGCUGUUGCUGCUGCAAAAGAAAAGCAAGAUGAAGAAUCUAUUGCUGCUGCAGCCAGUGCUAGAUUGCAUCUUCAAUCAUUUGUUUUCAGAUCCAGUAAUACGAAAGACGGAAAGGUUUUCCUCAAUGCUAAUAUUCAUGUAUAUAGUGUGUUGGUUUAUGCUAGUUGUAAAUCUGGGGAUGUGGAGAAGGGAGAGAAGGUUUUGAGUGAAAUGGAAUUGAAGAUGGAAAGGGCUGGAAUUAGUCUUGAUGUUGCUACUCUUAUUUAUGGGUUUUGUAGAGAAGGUAGAAUAGUAAAUGACCUUGAUGAAGCUUUUAGAUUACAAUUCGAUUCUCCGCAAGUUGGAGGACGAGAUGGUGGAGGCCGGUUUAAAGCUAGGCCAGUUUACUUACACGGCAUUGAUGCUUGGAUUCUGCAAGGGAAAGGAAAUUGA